CUCGUUCCUCGUGUCCCUCUCGGUCUUUUUCCGGGCGCACGCGCCAGGUCACUUCGCUCGCGGCGGCAGCAAGAACCUCCAGCAGCAGCAGCUCUAGAUCCAGGCGUGGGCCUGGUAGGGCCCUCGCCCCCGUCACCAUCCGCCAUGGGCCGGUCGCACUCGAAGGAGCAGCAGCAGCAGUCGGGGAACACCAGAACGGACCAGAAGACAAGGAAGCGCGGCGACCGGAAGCGUGCGUCCGACGGGAAGAAGUCACGGCACCGCAAGUCGCGGCUGAGCGAGCUGCGCGAACCGGAGCCGCCCCCGGUAGUGCACCCGAAGGCCAGCAGUGCGGCGCUCGUUGCGAAGAAUGACUACGACCUGGAGGCGAAGCGCCGGAUGCAGCACCAGCUCGCGUUCAACAGUGACAUCUUCGUGCUCAACCAGCUCAUGCUCGGUGUGCAGUUCUACGGGAACUUUGAGAGGGAGAUGUGGGAAGCGGUCGAGCGCAACCGGGCCGAGGAGAACCGGCGAAACGGGCGAACGUCGCGCCACUGUAAAACCGUGAUCCUGCCCGAUCGCCUGCUGGAAGCGGUCGAUAAGCGCGUCAAGUUCUACGCCAAGCACGGGCCGCACAAAAAUCGGUUGCUGCCGCUCCACACGCAGACCUGCUACAUCGUGCACGACAACAUCGAGAUCACGAACCCGGGUGACAGCUCGGUCUACAGCAUCCUGACCGAUGCGCCGAUCUACAAGCUCGAGAUCGAGGACGGGCUCGACGAAAAGCUAAAACGGGGCGGCAGUGCUGGGAUGCAACGGGCUCCCCGGCGCGGCAACUGUCACCACGGCUACGUGAAGCUGCGCAGCGUGGAGUACAUCAAGCCGAACGGGCCACCGGCGGUGGCCGUCGAACGACUCGAACCGAUCGAACGACCGCUGCGGAACGGUAACCUCAGCGACAGUGACACCCUGGAGGAUGAUGACGACGACGACGAUGAGGACGUCGAUGAUGAUGGCGGCGAUGACAGGGAUGGUCGCUUCCGGCAGCGCAAGUUCCGCGACAGCAUCGCGGUCAAGUACCCGAAGAUGCUGAACGGUGUGUACGGGGGUGUCCGGGGCAAGGCGAGCCACCAUCCGAUGGCGAUCCGAUCGACAGCGGUUCCGUCGACGUCGACGAGCUCGACGUCGCCACCAAGCAGCGAGUAUGACUACGCGUACAUCACGGCCAUCAACACGCACCAGCCGCUCAGCGUGAUGCGGUCGGCGGGCCCCGGUGGUGGGGUUGACGGCAUCAGCGCCAGCAGCAUGGAGACGGCACCGCUCAGCACGACCGUCCUGCCGGACUACUGCAUCACGACGCUCAGCUGCCCGAUCGAGGUGCCGGAGGGCUACUACAGCGACGACGAGGAGUCCAGCGGCCAGUCCAGCGGCAGCAACACGGCGCACGACACCGGCAAGCCGGCAGCCGGCGGCGGGAAGCACCGAAGCACCGAGUACUCGACGGAGCGGCGACAGUACCUCAACUCGAAGGGCUUCCUGGCGUACUUCGUGAACCUGUUCCAGGACCGGCUCGCGGCCGAGCUGGACAUCCCGGCCGACGACCUGCCGGACGCGACGUGGAAGGGCGCGGUCGUGUACAGUGGCCACUGGGAGAUCGUACCGGCCGUGUUCUGCCCGUGGCCGCGCGAAGCCACCGAGUGGGUGCACCGGAAGCGCGACGUCAAGGUGAACCCGCUGACGAAGCAGCGGUUCCAGUGGCCGACGCCGCCGAUGAUCCAGAAGGUGCGCUCGUUCGGGUGCCACGUCGUGCCGGUCGGGUACGCGCCGAAGCAGGGCCAGAACCGGUACCGGCAGCUCGAGUGGAAGAUCGUCUUCCCGGAAGCGGAACGGUACCUGGAGAGCUGCCUAUCGAGCACCCAGGUCAAGCUGUACCUCAUCGCGAAGCUGCUCCUGAAGACGUUCGUCGAGACGGCCCCAGCGACGGCGACGACCGCACCGGCGGCGACCCUGGCAAACGGCGGUAUCGGCAUGUUCGGGCUGGAGCACCUGCGCGCCCACCUGUUCUGGCAGUGUGAGACCAACUACGCGGCGUGGCCGGAGGACUACCUCGGGGAGGCGCUGCUGCGCUUCCUGAACGCGCUGCUCGAGCGCAUCAAGACGCACCGGCUGCCGGACUACUUCCUGCCGGCGCGGAACCUCUUCGAGAACGUGCCGGAACGGGUGCUGGUCGAGCUGCACCGGCGCAUCUUCCGCGUGACCGAGAACCCGGUGAUGCACCUGCUGGUGGCGCUCCGCAACCUGAAGCUGCCGAGCGGGACGCUCGCGUUCUACCCGAAGCUACGGCUCAAGCGCCUGUACGCGUACCUGGUGAUCGACAAUCCGCUCAAGCUCGUCAACCCGCUGCUGCGGGACGAGGACGAGAACCUGGCGGCCGAGGACUCGGACGAGCAGGAGGCAAACGAGCGUGAGAUCGCCGUCGGUUCGAUGGCCUACUACCACCGGCAGGAGAUCGAGUCACGCCGGAAGCGGACGCGCAUCGUGCGCUUCCUGGUGGCCGAGCAGCAGCUGCUGCGCAAGGACCGGGCCGAGCAAGGGCCGGCCGCGUGCCGGCGUCACUCGACCGAGUCCAUCGACCUCACGUUCCUGCCGCUGAAGCACAUGGAAGCCCUACGCCGCCAGCUCAUCUACGGCCACUUCAUCGAGCACUUCACCGAGAUGGCGCGCGUCUCAUGCCGGUUCCGGGCGUUCAACCAAGCGCUCGUCUACGUACGCCAGUCGGAGCGGCUCUGCAACCUGCUCGCGGAUGACGAGGGCGCCGACGAGGCGCAACAGUACCUGACCAAAAUUGGCGGGCUGCGCCAGGAGCUGUCGCGGACCAGCGCCCAGGGUCCGGACCGGCCCGCGCUGCCCCGUCGCACCAGCAGCACCCAGCAUCCUAUGCCGGGCCGGCCGAGCCAGCAGCGACCGACGGCGUACACCAACGUACCCCCGCGUUCCACGUCCUUUGCCCAGGACCCACCCAGCGCCCAGCGAGUGGCUCGAUUCGAUAAGCCGCACCAGCGGCAGGUCAGCGUGCAGAUCCACCCGCGGGACGAACCAGCGGCGAGCCGAAGACCGAGCCGGAGGGCGCGUCGCCGCUCAUCCGACGACAUCGACGACAUCUCCCGACUGCUCGGUAACGUGACGGUCCACUAGGCUAGCUGCCAGAGCGCGCGCUUAGAAGUUAAGCAUAUCGUUUUCUGUGAUAACUGUAGAUGUGAGAGUCCACCCCCGAAAGGACCCUCUCUCAAGGGGGUGCCCCAACCGGGUACCAACAUAUGAAUGGGGAGACGUCAC